AGACCCGCCUUGCCCCGCUCAGGGGGAUCCCUCGGAUGCGCUCCUGCAUCCCCCAGCCCAGCCGGGCUCCCGUGGGGCUGCCGGUGGGUGCCGGUGGCGCCGCGCACGCACUCGCCUGUUCCUCCGUGAGAAGUUCCCCAGUGGGAUGAGGAAACGUUGCCGGAGCCACUUGGGCUUCCUCUGCCGAGAAAGUCGUGCCGAUGCUGUGUAGUAUAAAAUGGAGGAGGGAAAUGCCCGGUGGCUGCCGGGGCCGGCGGCGCGGGAAGGAAACGCGUCCGCACGAUCGCAGGUUCACGCCGUGCCCGGGACACCGCGGGGCCGGGGGAGCGAGGACGCGAGUGCCCACGGCCACCUCGCAGUCCCAGCCCGGCGUGGCUCCUGUCAGCCGGCGUCAGGGCCUGACCCCGCCAGCGGCCCGUGCGCAGAUCAAAAAUGACGGUCAAAGCUGAAAAGAUGUCGUGCUUAGCUCCAAAUGUUUAUACUAAAGUGCCUGACGGAGGAUGGGGUUGGACAAUUGCUUUUGCUUUUUUCUUUGUGGAAGCUCUAACUUAUGGCAUUCUCAAAUCAUUUGGUGUCUUCUUUAACGACCUGAUGGAAACCUUUGAUGAAACCAACAGCAGGAUAUCAUGGAUAAUAUCCAUCUGUGUGUUUGUCCAGGCCUUCACAGCUCCUCUGUCGACGGUCCUCAGCAACCGCUUUGGCCACCGUCUGGUGGUGAUGGCCGGAGGGGUGCUGAUCAGCACCGGCAUGGUCAUCGCGGCCUUUGCCCGCACUGUGGUGGACAUGUACGUCACCAUUGGUGUCAUCUCUGGCCUUGGAUACUGCCUCACUUUCCUCCCGACUGUCACCAUUUUAUCACAGUACUUUGACAAAAGGCGUUCACUGGUCACAGCAGUGGCAUCUACCGGGGAGUGUUUCGCCAUCUUCUCCUUUGCACCAGCAAUUACUGCUUUGAAGGAGCAGAUUGGCUGGAGAUACAGCCUCCUUUUUGUCGGGGUGCUGCAGCUGGGCAUCGUCAUCUGCGGGUCCCUCCUGCAACCCAUCAUCAUCCAAGCGCAGGAAGAAGCGAAGGCGCAGCCUCCGGAAGAGCCCACGGAGACAAAGUACAUGCUUGAAAACGAGCAAACACGCACCUCAAUAGAGUCCAUAGACUCAGGAGUCGAAAUAACUACCUCACCCAAAAAUGUGCCUGGAAACACCAAAGCAGAGCCGAAAAGUGAAGAACCAAAGGAACACGUACAGAUACUUGCUGAGAAGAACAGCACCCCUCCAGAACCAAAAACCAAACUACUGGACUUUUCUGUGAUGAAAAGCUAUAGCUUUAUCUGUUAUGCACUCUUUGGCCUCUUUGCUACCCUGGGCUUCUUCGCUCCCUCUCUCUACAUCAUUCCCCUGAGCCUCAGCCUCGGCAUCAGCAAAGACCACUCCGCAUACAUCCUGUCGGCCAUGGCCAUCGCUGAGGUCUUUGGAAGAAUUUCAGCUGGCUGGGUUCUCAACAAGCAGCCCAUCCGCAAGAUCUACAUCGAACUCAUCUGCGUCGUCCUGCUGUCUCUAGCGUUGUUUGCCUUCCCUUUUGCCUCCGGGUUCUGCGGCUUGAUGGCAUGCAGCGUGUUUUUUGGGUUCAUGCUGGGGACGGUGGCGGGCACACACAUUCCCCUCCUGGCAGAAGACGACGUGGUUGGCAUCGCAAAGCUGUCUUCUGCAGCCGGAGUCUACGUCUUCAUUCAAAGCUUAGCUGGGUUGGCUGGACCACCCCUUGCAGGUGUCUUAGUGGAUACGACAAAGAACUACAGCUCAGCCUUUUACUCCUGUGCCGCUGGCGUGCUCCUGGCUUCUGUGUUCCUGUCCCUGGUGAGGCCGUGCAAGGUUGGGCUGUGCCAGCGCCGGCAGCGGUGUGUGGAGAGGACGGCGGGGGUUGUGUCAGACUUGCCAGAUGAUUUUAUUGAUAUGGAUAUUGGAAAAGCAGAAAAUUCAGGAAAAGCCUCUGAGCGUGUGGCAUAAAAGCCACCCUGUCCUCUCUCCAUCUAAUGUCCUCGGCGUAAAACUAGGAAAAGUGUCAUCUCUGCUCCACGUUCUAGAACAGCAUUCGAAAGGGAAUGUGAAGUUUUAAAUGUGAACACUUGCCACCAACAACUUCUUUUGUGUUUUUAAUUCUUAGGAAGAUCUUUUUUUUUUUUAACCAACAAUGAAAAAGCUCCAUAGAAAAUACAGAUAGCCACAUAACUUCUAUCUAGCAUGAAGAUAGGAUGCACACUCCUGCUUUCCUCGUAAGAAGCAACACCUAAAGGUUUGAUCCCAGAUAAAAAACUGAGAAUGGCAACAGCAGAAGCAGCUCAGCCUCUGACUGUCCCCAUCCAUCCCCUACUGCAAUUUCUGCCAGGCAAGAAAACAAUGAUACAGACUGGAGAUGAAUGUUUGGCAACACCACCCGUAUCCAACUGAAUCUUCAUCUGGAAGAAUAUGGACUUAUGUUUUAGAUUUGAGGAGGAGAUUAGGUGAGAUAGCAGACUUAAACCAUUGAUAAUGUUCUUCUAAUUAACUUGAAUGUCACAAAUGCUGGGAAAUUGGAGGCUCCAUAUGUCUUUAUGGCCAGUUAUUACUGCACAUAUAAGAUAAUUUUUCUUCUCCCAAUGGGUAUCCUUAGAACUGUUUUCCAUUGCUAGGCAGAUCUGAUGUACUGUUUCUAAUUUAACUAGUAUUUAUUAAUUUAUUCUGAGAUUGUUCAAGGAGGUUAGCUUCAAUCACUGGAGAGGAAAAAUCAUCUUUUGCAUAAUGGAAAGCCCUCUUAACAUCACUGUCUUCAAUACCUAUCUUAUAUUGCUAGCUUGGGAAAUUGUUGGGAGACUUAUUCUUGCAGCAUAGAGUGUAGCUGUUUUUAAUAGGUAGGUCUUAGGUAACCCAAUUGUUUUAAAAAGGAAAAAAAAAAUUAAGAGAAUAAACUCCAGAUUCAGCAUCAUCUUUCCAUAAGGCCUCAGCUGGUGUCAGUGGCCCCGAGCGCUGCCACAGCCAGCCCACCCCGCAGGGAGCAUUCGGCACAGUAUGUCUUAAUGUACCCGAAACCUUCACUUCCAGGUGCACACGGAAACCUUCACUGAGAGAACAUGGAAACCCCCACGUUCCUCAUCCCCUCGCAGGCUGCUCCCCACAUCCCCCACCCCUGGGGGCACAGGGUGGUUGGCCUGAGCCCUACCCUGGCCCCUGGCUCUCCCCAUUCCCCCGAAGUCAGCGAGAGGGUUUCUUUGCUGCUGACUUCAGUGAGAAAUGAGCUGGAGCCUGUGCACGUGGAAGACAUGAAGGGAAUGAUAAGGAGACAACAUAGCUGUUCAUUUAGUCUUAACGGGAGCGAUUCCUGCUCACAGUGACACAAGCUUGCUUACCCCACCUAUAUGCAUCUUAACGCCUCUAGGCAACUCAGGGGGACAAAUAAAACAAGUCUGUUCUGGUUUGGACAAAACCAAGCCAACGUUUCUGUGUAUUGAAGUGGAAAUGGCAUCACGCAUUAAUUGCUAUGCUGACCUGUGUAUUACCAGCCAUAGAAAUGUGGGACAAUCUUAAACCCAACAAACUGUUUUGGGAAGGUGCUCAAUUUGUUGUUUUUUUUUUCUGUCUUGGAUGUCCAAAAAAGAAGAGAAACGGGCACUCUUGCAACCAAGUGGCUAGAGCAAUUCAUCCUCACUGCCUGAGACCCGCGGUCUCGUGUCCUUCCUCUGCCUCAGCACUUUAUCACGGCCAGCAGAACCUCGCUGCAUUGCACCCAGGACUGGAAGACCCCUUAGAGAGAACUAGAGUUUUGUGACUCAGUGAGUAAAUGAACAAAGAACGACGUUGCAUUAAGAUGUACUUUUUAUUUAUUGUUAAUUUAUGAUACUUCAAGCAUUUUGGUAAAUGUUCUGUAGACUUAUCAGUGUAAGGUUAUUGAAGUCUUUGUGAUACGAGACCUCACUACAGCACUUUGCUAUUACAACUCUGCUUGGAAGUGGAAUAAGGCCUCGAGGCUGUGCGUGUGUGUGGAAGCUCCCUGUUCUGCAGAUUCAUGAGGUUCUACUGUAACUUAAUUAUUGGGUUGGGUUUUGUUUUUUACUACACUUUCCAAUACAGAUCAAAUAAUACGUUUGUCACUGACCUCACAGUACGUUUCUGUUCCUGUCUGUGUAGCGGCACGAGCAGGGGAGCGAGUGAGUGUGUGUGCGGGCGCAGAAGACCCAGAAGCAGGACUUACUGAUUUGUUUGUAACGUACUUAGUGGACUCUGGAAAUACUCUAAAACACUGAGAUUUGCAAUAAAUUUUUUCUUGAUUUUU